AGUCUCAGCAGAUCCUCGGCUCACGCGCGCGUGGAGAAACUGGUGGGCCGCGGUGGCUGCCGGUCUUUGGGUGCAAGCCGAGGGACCACUGAGGUUGACCAGAGGAUCGUCUACUGAAGAGAAAACUUCAUCGCGAACAUAACGAUACUUGGAGCUGAAAUGGAACAAGCAUUUGGUGAGCCAAUGAGAGACCAGGUCACGCGGACACAUCUGACGGAAAACAUUCCAAAUGCCAAUAAGUGCACUGUGAUUGGAGGUUCUGGAUUCCUGGGGCAGCACAUGGUGGAGCAGUUGCUGGCAAGAGGCUACACCGUCAAUGUGUUUGAUAUGCGGCAAGGAUUUGACAAUCCCCGGGUGCACUUCUUUCUGGGUGACCUCUGCAACCAACAGGAUCUAUACCCAGCUCUGAAAGGUGUAAGCACAGUUUUCCACUGUGCAUCACCCCCACCAUCGAGUAACAACAAGGAACUCUUUUAUAGAGUGAAUUACACUGGCACCAAGAAUGUCAUUGAAACUUGCAAAGAGGCUGGGGUUCAGAAACUCAUUUUAACCAGCAGUGCCAGUGUCGUCUUUGAGGGCGUGAACAUCAAGAAUGGAACCGAGGACCUCCCUUACGCCACAAAACCCAUUGACUAUUACACGGAGACAAAAAUCUUACAGGAGAGAACAGUCCUGGACGCCAAUGACCCCGAGAGGAAUUUCUUAACUGUAGCCAUCCGCCCUCAUGGCAUUUUUGGCCCAAAGGACCCCCAGUUGGUCCCUAUCCUCAUCGAGGCAGCCAAGAAGGGCAAGAUGAAGUUUGCGAUUGGAAAUGGGGAGAACCUCGUAGACUUCACCUUUGUGGAGAACGUGGUACACGGACACAUCCUGGCCGCAGAGCACCUCUCCCGAGACGUGGCUGUCAGCGGGAAGGCAUUUCACAUCACCAAUGACGAGCCCAUCCCUUUCUGGACAUUCCUGUCCCGCAUCCUGACAGGCCUCAACUACGAGGCCCCCAAGUACCACAUCCCGUACUGGGUGGCCUACUACCUGGCCCUUCUGCUGUCCCUCCUGGUGAUGGUGAUCAGGCCCAUCAUCCAUGUCCAGCCCACUUUCACACCAAUGCGGGUCGCGCUGGCUGGCACAUUCCACUAUUACAGCUGUGAGCGAGCCAAACAGCUCAUGGGCUACCGGCCCCUGGUCACCAUGGAUGACGCCAUAGAAAGGACUAUACAGGCCUUUCACCACCUGCGGAAGGUUGAGUGAGGCACCCCAGAGACCGGGCCCUCUCAGUGUGGUCCCCAGCCACUGACUGUCCCCUGCGGACCAAUAAACUAACCUCUUUCAAGUGAA